GCUGACUGGGUGCACCUGUUUUAUCCACCGGAGCUUGACCGCCUCCGUGUUGCGGCGCCAUAAAACCGUGUUGCAGCGCCAUAAAUGAAAAACUCCGCCCAUGUGAACUGUCAGGGGAUAUAAAGGGAACCGUACAACCUGAACGAUAAAUUAUAACCUCUUUGGAUAUAUUGUAGCCUAUCCAUACUCAGUCCGGCGAAUAACCCGGACGUUGUCUUGUUUGAUCAAAUCAAUCUUCGAUCAUGGUUAGAAAGAGGUUCUCUGUAGGCAUAUGCUGCCAAAUUGGAGUGGAAUUCUUUGAGUUUCUGAAGGAGAGUGAUCGAGCAUCCAUCACAGACAGAUUGGAACUAAGAGACAUUUACAACAAUGAGUUCAGGAGCAGAAAUCCAGGAACCAAAGAUCCCAACUUUGGUGCAGUCCUUCAUUCCUUAAAGGUGUCCCACAAAAUAACUAGACGAAGAGCCACUAUUCGCUUCAACUCCACGGUCACAGCGCUUUUUAUGGACCAGUGGCACUCAUCAAGGAGCCGUUGGCAAGAACCAGUCCAGAGUGGUGCGGCCAGUCCCGGGACAGUUCAGAUCGUCACCUCAGGAGAUCAGGCAGAGACGGGGGUCCGCGCCCGGAGGAAACUGGCCGGUCUGCUGAUGAACAGACUGAAGACAGACAGGGCUCAGUUCAUCUCUGACAAACAUGGCAUCCGCAUUGUCUCCGAACAUCAGUUUGAGAACGGGAAACUUUGCUUGUGCGUCAAAGACACAUGUGAGUACGUGAUCAAUCUUAAUGUGGAAAACAAUGGAAACGAGCCUGUGUAUUUCACCUACUACACCCCACUGCACUGGCUCAGGGACAUUAUUCUGAAGGAUGAGCACAGCGUGACCAAGACAAACCCUCUGUGUCUGCAGCCAGGUGACAGCUAUGAAAUCCAAGUUCACCUCCGCUGCAGUUUGGUUGGUUUCUAUCCAGCUACACUGGCCUUUGAAUUCAAACCAGACCUAGAGCCCUCCUCCGCUGCGUUCCACAUUGUGCGCUUUAUUGAGGCUCAGUGUUUAACUGCCUUGGGAAUGGAGCUGGCACCUAUAGCGCCCUACAAACCCCGCUCCCUCCCUGCCUGGACCCCUGAGGCUAAUUUCACAAUUGUGGAUGGACAACGACCUGAAGGGCUGUCAAUAAUGGAGCUACGAAAUGUGAUUGAGCUAAAACAGUAUAAAGUACCAGCAUACAUGAACCAGCUCAUCCAGUCACUGAAGCAGUCUACUUACUUCUGCGAUAAAAGAAGGGACUUGCUGAAAAGUUCCCUGAGCUGGGAGAACUACUCCGAGAGGUUUCAACUGCUGCUGUAUCUGGAGGAGCGUCAGAUGGAGGUCGACAUCAAGAGAUACAACAUCCCCAACAGUGAAAAAGAAGAACAUGCCGUCAUGGUCAGAGAUCGGUUCAACAAGAAACUUCUCGUUCUAGAGGUACCUGGUGUGUCUGAGAACCGCCCGUCCGUGCUACGAGGGGAUUCAUUGCUGGCCUAUCCUGCAGAAGAAAAAGGGGAGAAGUACCGCGGCUACGUCCACAGCGUGCAGCUGGACAGUGUCAAACUCGGCUUCAGCUCAAAAUUGCUGGAUCGCUUUGUAGAUAACAUGAAGUUCAAUGUUGAGUUUGUUGUCAACCGCCUGACUGUGCGCGUUCAGCACAGAGCAGCAGAGCUGGCAUCUACAUUCAGACUGCGAGAGGUGUUGUUCCCUGCUGCACCUGCCGACUCCUCUCAGCAACCUGAGCUUCCUCAUCUCAGGCUGUUUGAUUCAAAGCUGGAGAAAAACCCAGAGCAGUACCAGGCCGUACAACACAUUGUAGCUGGCUCAUCUAAACCUGCCCCUUACCUGGUGUUUGGCCCACCUGGAACAGGCAAAACUGUGACUCUGGUGGAGGCGAUCAAGCAAAUAGAGAAGACCCAGGCUUCCUGCCACAUCCUGGCCUGUGCUCCCUCCAACAGCGCUGCUGAUCUGCUCUGCAUGAAGAUUCUGGAACACGUGGACGAGCAUGAAGUGUUUCGCAUGUACGCCAGCAGCCGAGACCCAGAGCAUGUCCCUGAAAAACUAAAGGCAUGCUCUAACCUGGUAGGGGACUGUUACCUAUUUCCUGCUAAAGAGAAGCUGAUGGGGUAUAGGAUUAUGGUCACCACUCUAUUAACCGCUGGAAGGUUUGUCUCAGGAGACAUUCCUGAUGGUCAUUUCACUCACGUUUUUGUGGACGAGGCAGGACACGCUGUGGAGACUGAAUGUUUAGUCCCAUUGGCAGGGCUGCUCAAUGCAGAGUCUGGUCAGGUGGUUCUGGCUGGAGACCCCAAGCAGCUCGGACCCAUUCUCAGAUCCCCUUUUGCACUGAAAUACGGCAUGGGAGUGUCCCUCUUGGAGCGCAUGAUGAGGGAUUUUGCUCUGUAUCAGAAGGACAAGGGUGUGUUCAACAAUCGCUUUGUCACCAAACUGCUGCGCAACUACAGGUCCCAUCCAGCCAUUCUGAAGGUUCCCAACGAGCUCUUCUAUGAUGAAGAGCUGCAGUGUUGCGCAGAUGAAAUGUUACGCAACUCCUACUGCAGAUGGGAAUACCUUAAGAAGGAGGACUUCCCGGUGAUCUUCAAAGGCGUGACUGGUGUAGAUGAUCGCGAGGCCAGCAGUCCGUCAUUCUUUAACAUAGCAGAGGUGGAGGUGCUGAUGGACUAUGUGAAGAAACUGCUGCAGACACAGGGCAAGAGAGGCCUGGCUACCAUCUCACCCAGAGACAUAGGCAUUAUCGCCCCCUACAGGAAACAGGUGCAGAAAAUCCGCAAGGCCCUCGAAAAAGUUGGGAAAGACUUCAAAUUUAAGGACAUAAGAACCCUAAAGGUUGGUUCGGUGGAGGAGUUCCAAGGUCAGGAGAGGAGAGUGAUCAUGGUGUCUACAGUUCGGAGCAGCCCCAAUUACCUAGAGAUAGACAAACAGUUCAACCUUGGCUUUGUCAAGAACGAGAAGAGAUUCAACGUGGCUGUGACUCGAGCUAAAGCCCUGCUGAUCGUGGUGGGAAACCCCAGGGUGCUGAAUACAGAUCCUACCUGGGCCCAUUUCAUCCAGUACUGCCGAGAUGAAGGAGGCUACGAUGGUUAUGAGCAUGUGGAGGAGGACGAGGACGUGGUGGAGAGACUCUCUCGCCUCUACAUCGACAUUAAUGUUCAAGUGGAGACUGCAGAAAGCGCCGUUCAGCAGCACCUGGACCCCGAGUGGCGGAACGACCUGUGAGGGAAAGGAGAGCACAAUCUUCCAUUCGGAUUCAUUUUUCCAUCAAGGUUUUAAGAAAAGGUUUCUAAAUUGGUAUUUAAAUUCUCA